AUGAUUUUGCUUACCUUGGUGCCGAGAUCUAACUGUUCUACCAUGAAGACUUUACUGAGAUCAGCGAUCCUCACAUCCUUCGGGAGAAUUCAGCCGCUUCCUGGGUCGCUCCACGGACACCGUCGGCUGCUCAGCGCUCCGAUUUCUGCCAAGUCCGGGGUCCUAAGCAGCGGGGGGCAGCAACUGCCGGAGUACUUCAACUAUGCAAGUGACGUGCUGGAUAAAUGGUCGCAAAUGGAAAAGGAUGGAAAGAGACCUCCCAACCCAGCGUUAUGGUGGAUAAACGGCAGAGGAGGGGAAGUGAGGUGGAGUUUCGAGGAGCUGGGGGCCCUGUCCCGGAAGGCGGCCAACGUCCUCUCAGACCACUGCGGGCUGCAGAAAGGAGACAGGGUCGUCGUCAUUCUCCCCCGGAUCCCAGAAUGGUGGUUGGUGACCGUGGCUUGCCUGAGGACAGGAGUCGUGGCCAUCCCGGGGACAACCCAGUUAACGGCCAAGGACAUCCAGUACCGGCUCCAGGCUUCCAAGGCCAAGUGCCUCAUCACCACGGACGCUUUAGCGCCGGCGGUGGAUUCCAUCGCGGCGGAGUGCCCCUUCCUGAAAACCAGGCUGAUGGUCUCUGAAGGCAAGAGGGACGGGUGGUCGAACUUCAGCAGCCUCUGCAAAGAGGCGUCUGCCGACCACACCUGUGUGAAAACUAAACUUCUAGACCCGAUGAUGGCUUUCUUUACCAGCGGGACGACGGGUUCGCCCAAGAUGGCCGAGCAUUCUCAAGGGAGCCUGGGUUUCAGACCCGUCUGGAAUGAAAGAUACUGGCUGGACUUGACUCCUUCGGAUACGAUGUGGUGCACGGCAGAUACGGGCUGGGUGGUGGCCGCGAUAGGAUCCCUGUUUGACCCCUGGGCUCUUGGGUCUGGCGUCUUUGUCCACCCUCUGCCCCAAGUGGAAUCAACGACCAUCCUGAAUACUCUCUCCCGAUUUCCCGUCACUGCCAUCUUGGGAGCUCCGACCUUGUUCCGCAUGUUGGUGCAAAAUGAUCUCACCAGCUACAGGUUCAUGAGUCUGAAGUACUGCGUCAGUGGAGGGGAGCCUCUGAACCCUGAAGUGUUGGAGCAGUGGAAAAGCAAGACGGGGCUGGACAUCUUUGAAGUGUAUGGACAGACAGAAACAGGUAUGACUUGUUCGACUCUCAGAGGGAUGAAAAUCAAACCUGGCUCAAUGGGAAAGGCAUGUGCCCCAUACGAUGUCCAGAUCGUAGAUGAAGACGCAAACGUUCUGCCUCCGGAAAAGGAAGGGACUAUUGCCAUCAAAGUGAAGCCCGAGAGACCGCUCGGUCUUUUCUCAUGCUACGUUGACAACCCAGAGAAAACCGCGGCAACAGAACGUGGGUCUUUCUACAUUACAGGGGACAGAGGAAAGAAAGAUAAGGAUGGAUACGUUUGGUUUGUUGGAAGAGAUGACGAUAUCAUCAAUGCUUCAGGGUAUCGCAUCGGACCAUUCGAGGUGGAAAGCGCUCUUCUAGAGCACCCGGCGGUCACCGAAGCGGCGGCAGUGAGCAGCCCCGACCCGCUCAGAGGAGAGGUAGUGAAGGCUUUCGUCGUCUUGUCUCUGAAAUACACCUCCCAGGAUAAGGAAAAAUUAACUCACGAGCUUCAGGAACACGUCAAGAAGGUCACCGCUCCGUAUAAAUAUCCAAGGAAGGUGGAGUUUGUCCAGGAGUUGCCGAAGACGAUCACUGGGAAAAUCAGAAGGAACGAGUUAAGGAAGAAAGAAUGGGGAGAUGUCUGA